AUGGAACCGAUGGAACCGUUCCUGCGAGCAUCGACCCGCCGCUGCAUUCCAAAAGCAAGGUCGGCGAGCCUCGAGUCCAUGUUGAUGAACUACCCGCCUUGUAUCGAACGCGCAGCGGAGGGACCCCCCAAGACGAUAUCAACCUUACGACGUGCCAAUACCGUCGCACAAAGUGGCAAUACAAUUAAAAGGAAUUUAGAACUGAAGGCUUCCCGAGAUCGGACAGCUACGACAGGCCUGCGAGCCAAGGAUAGUCAUGAAUUGUUACGAAAGACCCCAUUGCAACGAUCCCAGACACACCGGGGCCCGCUGGAGGCGCGUCCUGCCCCGAGGAAAGCAGGUCAUUUUACGGUUGGCAGUGUCGGCCAGAAUGGGAAGAUCUUUCUCAGGCCGAUUGUAAACCCCCAACAGAAACCCUCCCAGACAGUUCCAUUCGCCCCGAUCGAUACAGUGACGAAUGAUCGUCUCAAACCACCCCAUCACGCGCAUGUUCGAGACGAUCCAUCGCGAUGGUCCAGUUCGCAGCUCUCCGAACUACGUCCGCGUGGGGGUGUACACGAGGACAAUAAGUCGGCCGUUACUGAAUACACCAAUCCCGAGGCAACUGGCCGCAUCCUCCAGAAAUCCACCUCUUUCUCGACAUUACCAGAGCAGCAAUCUGUGGCAGGAGCGGGGAAACGUGGGGAGCUGCGCAUUGUCAUUGAUAGAUCUGAUGACCGGCCCAAAUCUGCAGAUGAGAAGACCCCCAACACUGCUUUGGGGGUUCCUUUGACCCAUUACCGACUGGGAUCGCCACGGUUUAACAGAGAGGGCAGUGCGGCCCUGCAUAGUUCCGUCUAUACGCGGACUUCAAUGUCCGAUAAUUUUCGGAAUUCAACCUGGUUGGGUAGCAUGGCGGACCCGCUGCCGACUCAUCUGUCCAGUGCAUAUGGCAGGGAAUCAUUUUCACGCUAUCGGCCAUCCUUCGCGGUCUCUAUGUUCUCGGGGCCUGCAGCCAUUGAUCUUAGCCGGGCUUCUCCAGCGCCAAGGAACUCGAUGGUUUAUGAAUUGAAAGGACCAGUAAAGCCCUCAAUUUACGAAACCUUGGUGUCGGAUAUGGAUGGCGAAACCGUUGUACGAUAUAUUUCCGGUACCAAGGAUAUAUGUGCUGCUACGCCUGCUCGUAUUGUUGCCCAGAUUUCUUCAGAAUCAUUCAUGGACUAUGAGCUGGUUUCUGACUUUUUUCUGACAUUCCGCUCUUAUCUCUCUCCUAACCAUCUUCUUGCCUUGCUUCUUGCACGCUUGGAAUGGGCUAUCAAUCGACCGCAGGAGGAUGGAAGGAUUAUUCGUAUCCGUACCUUUGCCGCUCUCCGCCACUGGAUCUUGAACUAUUUCAUCGAUGACUUCGUCACGAACUACGAUCUCCGGACUCAUUUUUGCGAAGCGAUCAACAAUUUGUACCAAAAUGUCAAGUCUCGAGAAAAUGGUGGUAUGAGCGACUUGAAAAUCCUUCUCGACUUGAAAAGAUGUUGGAAUGGCAAGUGUUCAGUCUACUGGACCGCCGCCGACUAUUCCCGUACCUACAAUGACCCGGAUAGUCACAUCUUGCCGGGAAGCACUCAUGUCGACAUGCCCAGUGGUGAUGCACUUCCACAGCAAGAUGCUUCCCCCCCCCAGGAAUGGCCUCUCAACCAGAACCAACAUGAUCGAAAUCAUUCUGCUGCCACUGCUCACAGUAUACCCCUCUCCACUACAAGUGAACAAAGCAUGGUGGCACUAUCUUGUUCACUACCUCCCAAAUCUCCGAAACGCUUUUCCUUUUCCCACUCAAAGGGGAAAGGGCCACGUCCCGUUCAAUUAGGUCUUGCAAAAACAACAUCUCCUCAUGAUCAACCACCAUCAUCGCCCAUGAUAUCGCGCCAUCCGUUCCAAGUACAUGGUCACAAGAGAAGUGCAAGCUUCUCGGAUUCAGUCCGAUAUGACCGGGUCCUCAUGGUCGGUAUGGACGCAGGAUCAACAGGAACAGGGCCCAAAGAAAUUCUAGAUCCUGUCAGCUUCAUUAGAGGGGCGCUUUACCCACCCGUGGAAUCUUACAUGACUAUGAUGGCACCGGAAUCACCUCCAUUGGCUCCUCCAUUAUCGAAUGCCAAUCCAGACCGGAGAAGCACACCAGACGGAGGACCCAAAACAGGAGCCUCAAACUCGGGGAUGAGAACCAUCAUUGGUUCAAUCAAACGUGCCCUCCACACAAGGAACGGCGGGCAAAGUGUUUCCGCACGAAUGACAAAUGCUUCGGAGACUAUUUCGUUGCCUAGCCGAGGGAAAACAUCUGCGAUGCCGAAUAACAUUUCUCUGGGGUCUGAGUUUUACCGUGAGAGAAAAAUGGCUGCGGCCCCCAGGCAACCGGCACGGCUUGAUGUGCUCUGUGAGGAGUCUCUCAAACAGUAUCGCUUGCUUAUGGACGCGAAUAAUGUUCCGAAAGACCACCAAUCCCCUGGUGGUGCUCCUGGACCUCGAAUUACGUUCCAGCAAUCCUCUCCAGACUUGGGUGAAUCUUCUACUCUUCACAUACCUAGAGCUGGGGAAUCGAAGAUACAAAGCGGAAUUACUACUGGAAGUGGGUCGAUUGUCAUCGUCGAUGACACUGGAUUCGAAUUCCCUACGAUGUCUGGGGCCGUGCAGGAACAGGAUGUUACCAGUAAUACGAACCAGAAGGCUCAUUCAACUGCCAACGGGAGAGUUAAUUCAGAUUCAGAGUCGAUUGCGAAGGAAGGAGAGUAUCUCCUUCCGAUAGUCUAUAACGGCGAAAGUCCCCCGUCUACAGUUGAGGAUACCCCCGUCCGCCACCCCUCUGUCAUUUCAGCUCAACGAAGAUCCUACACGGAACAUCCAACACCGCCUACAAAAAGAGUAUCACUUUCUCUUCGUCUUAGGAAGUAUGCAUCCUUCCAUAGUGGGAUUUCUAAGCAUCGCCAGUCAAUGGGCAGCGACGCAGGCAGAUCUAUUGAAAGCUCCAGCAUUGUACAAGAAUCAUCAGAUAAACAGUUUGGCCCAUCACUCCGCAGAAGACCCGGCGGAAACUUGCGACAGAUGCAGUUUGUGGACGAUCUUGAUCCAAUUUCGGGACGUGGAUCAUUUAUGUCUAGCCAUUCAUAUGACAACUCUCUGGCAGAAACAACCACUACCACCACAGAUGACAUCGUGUCAAGACCACCAACUGCUCUUGUUCCGCCAAAUCCCCGUUAUUCUUUGGUUCAUGGUAAACCCAAUCGCAAUGUCCGGCGUUCGUUUGAGGCGGCCAUUGCCCGCUUUGCGGAAAUCCCUGACGAUGACGAUGGAGGAAUUGAAUCAACUUUACUCAAGCUCGAGGGUAAAUGGAGCCCCCCCGGCAACAAAUGA